AACGCUUAUGACGUAUUACGGAAAGCAAACCACCGCGUGUAUUCACACGGCUUAGAAGAAGGCAUCAGUGCUUUGAACAACAAGAAGUUAAUUUAAGCAGGAUGUCGAAAGGUUGUGGUCUUCAGAAACAAGCAGCAGUUGUAAUACUGAUUACAUUGCUAUGUUGUGGGACAGAAGCGCAAUUAAAAGCAUCAGAUUUUAUUAUACAAGUGGACUUGGCGUGCCCGAAAACAGCAACAGGCACGGCUAGGAUAAAGGUGCUAACUGAUAUACCCGAUACUCUACCAUUCGCUUAUUGUCGUCAUGCCUUUAAAGCUUAUGACAUGAACUAUGUUUCGACUGGGGAAUUUGGAAUGGAUGUAUCCUUUAAUGGUAAAGAUACAGGCUGUGUUUUUUCCAAAUCCGCCGGUGUAAAUAUAUAUAGUAUAGAAGUAUACGUACCAUUGUCUGGCGGUGUAUUUACAUCUGAAGAUAAACCACAUCUAGUAACCUGUUCCUACGAAGAUACGGGUAUACAGGAAUCGAACCCUACCGAAUUUUCAGAUGCUAAGAAACCAAUAGAAGAGUCUUUGUAUAAUAUGGGUAAAAUUAGUAAAUCAGACGUGGACCUUUAUCUUGAAGAUCUGAAAAAGUCUAGGGUUAAAUCAGGAGUACAUCUUGGAAACACUGUUCGUUUGAUCGCCAUUUUAAAAGGUAAAUAUUCUGAUGAAGUGAGUUUUCAAGCGGUAUCGUGUAGAGCUAUUGGUAGAGGAAAUGCCUACCCUAUUUUGGUGGGUGGAUGUGGCGAUGGUAUAGUUAUAUCAAGAUCUAAAGGGUUUUUAACAACUGGCAGGAGAACUGUAAGUCCUUACUUCCGGUCAUUUCGGCUGCGUGGAUCUCGUUCACUGACGUUUGAUUGUACAUUUGCCAUCUGUAAAAAAAACUGUGAUGGGAAUUCUUGUAGUAACCAGCUUUAUAGAAGUAAAAGAUCCGUUCGAUAUGUAAGGGUUUUAGCAGAUGGUUCGAUGAAGAUAAUAUCGCUUAAAGAUGCUCUUAUAAAUGAAGAGGAUGGGGAUGAUGAUAUCGAAGAUGAUAUCGAAGACGAGUCAAGUCUGUCUAUGCGGAAUGAGUCUUCACAGGCAAGACGGAAGCAAGUGCCAGUUGAAAAGAAACUCUAUGUUCCCAUGAAUUCAAUGGUCGGAGAUGCUGAUACGCACUUCAUCGUUCGUGACCAGACAGAUGAAAAACGUAAAAUGGUUCAGGCAUCGGUUUGGUCAGGAAUUGAUCUUGGAAUGUGGACACUUUUGGUUAUUACUAUGGGCUUCUGUCUACUGACUGUUCAAAUAGUGGUGUUGAUUACAAGAAGACUAUUGCUGUUAUUCCAAGAGAUUAUAACCAUUUCUACGUUCAAGCCAUACGACUUAAAUAAUAAUUCUAAAACGAAAGUAGCUGUAAUUGGAUUCAGUGACCAAUAAAGAACUAACCAUACCCUGA